AUGAACAAGGAUAACAAGAUCGCCUCAACGUCCGAUCCAUCCAUCUUUAGCUGGCAGCUGCAAAGAGAUAGCGACGAGCAAAAGCAACCACUCGGAGACACAGUAUACUGCGGAGUGCUUGCACCAUCGCCUGCAGCGUUCCGUCAUGCUUCGUCGCUGAAGAGAUCGGAGAUGAGCUCAGUCAUUGAAUACACAGUGACGAACCUAGGAAUCAAGUCCCGCGAUCUUGUGGUCACCCAGUAUUCUACCGAUGAGAGCAGUAUGAGGUAUCUGCUCCCAAUUACGGCCAAUCGAGGAAAUGGAUCGAUGCAGGCCGUCAGAUUGCGGAAAUGCGGUGCAGGACUGUUUCUACACGAAGAUCCAUGGACCUUGCUCGAAGUACCUCAGAACUUCCAAAUCAGCGAAGCCGACAAGCACUUACUCAUCGAAGAGACUAGCGACCUGAAGCGUCGGAAGCGCCUGGGAGCCCCUCUCCAAGUUGCGAGGACCAGGGCAGUCGCUUUACAGAUGGAGCACUGUACUUGGGUCAUGCUCAGCCGCGCCUCCCCAAGCAGCACUUUCGAUGUGCAGGACCAGGUAUUCUUCAUUGAGCCGGGGGUGUCCCAAGGGUCACAUUACGACCGUGCGCUGUUGAGGUUGGUGGUACGUCCGUACAAUCGAAAAGAGAGAAAGUGGGCAACAGAGGCUUUCGAGUGCUGGUUGAUAGCGUUGGGCUGGGCCAGCGUUGAUGGUUCCGACCUUGUCAUAUCUCUUGUCGAGAGGAAUUCUACCCAUCGACAGAAUCUGGAGAUGCUCGAGUCUCGAGCGGCAGUACGGGACGUCACAACGAAGGAUGUCCUGCGGAUGAUGACAGAAUAUCGCAUUCCACGUGUGAGCGUACUGCGCUUCAGGGAUACGGAAGGUGAUCGAACGAUCGUGGUGCAUACACACGCAACACUCACGAUGGACGAUUCUGUGUGUCCUUCUGCUUUCUGGAAGAUCAAGAUCACAUGCGAAGAGGAGCUCCAAUCAGGCGCAUGGCUUCCACAAAGCAUGGCAUCUGCGGCAUAUCAAUGGCUGAUGAGCCGUCAGGAGUCAAAAGUUACACUCUACGAUUACGAAUCGAGCGCGCUGCAGGACUGGGACGCCGCCGCAGAUUGGGGAAUGCGUCCUCGACAACGGAAGCAUCUACUCACUCCCCCUAUAGAGCCGCCGCUCAGUCCAGAAAAGCCUCUUCCAGACAUUUUGGAAUUGUCUCUGGUAGGUGAGGUAUCACUUUGA